GGUUCCCUGAGCUUGCCAAAAGUGAUUCUUGAGUGCAGAGUCAGGAGUUAUUCCUGUGCACUGCCAGGUGUGCCCUCCCCACCAUAAAAAUAAAACACCCUAUAGGAUAGUUUGGGGGUCCUGGGUAUAGUGUGAGCCAGUUCCCAUCUGAAAAAACAUCCUUUCAUUUACUACUAGGAUUAAAUUAUGUCCCAUGGGGCCAGAGCAAAAGUUCAGUGAGAAGGGCACAUCCCUUGCACGCAGCUGACCAGGGUUCAAUCACUGGCACCUUGUAAUAUCCUCAACUUACCAGGAAUGAUCCCUGAAUAUAGAGUCAUAAAUAAGCCUUGAACACCACCAGGUGUGGUGUCAACUCCCACCCCCACUCCAAAGUGUGUUCCAGUGCUGGGACAGAAGUAUGUGUGAGGGAGACCAGUCACUUGGUCCUUUCUGGGCUGUUGCCAAAUAGCAGAAUGAAGUUGUAAUGGGGGAGGGUGAUGGCAGCAAGCUGGGCUGGGACCAUGAGAAGCAUCACGAGUGGGUUAAUUUAGGAAGAAAGUGCGGUCCUGUCAGUCUAUUCCUGUUCCCCAUCAGUCUUUUUCUCCCCUUUCUCUGGCUCAGCCAGUCUCAAGCUCCCUGGGAGCCCGCCUUCCCACCCACCUCUGGAGGGCGGGACUUGGCCACAUCCCAGUGUGGUGGAGUUAAAUGCCACCAGCCGGCAGGAGCUGGCAAGUGUGGUACAGAGCCGGCUUGGACAGAGAAACAGCACCAUGGCCAGCAAGAAAGUCUGCAUUAUAGGCUCCGGCAACUGGGGCUCUGCCAUCGCCAAGAUUGUGGGCAGCAAAGCAGCCCAGCUGGCACACUUUGACCCAAAAGUGACCAUGUGGGUGUUUGAGGAAGAUGUUGGAGGCAGAAAACUGACUGAGAUCAUCAACACACAGCAUGAGAAUGUCAAGUACCUGCCAGGGCACAAGCUGCCCCCCAAUGUGGUGGCUGUCCCAGAUGUUGUCCAAGCUGCAGCGGCUGCUGACAUCCUGAUUUUUGUGGUGCCUCAUCAGUUUAUCGGCAAGAUCUGUAACCAGCUCAAGGGCCACCUGAAGGCAGAUGCUAUUGGCUUAUCACUUAUUAAGGGAGUAGAUGAGGGCCCCAGUGGUCUGAAGCUCAUCUCUGACGUGAUUGCAGAGUGCCUUGGCAUCCCCAUGAGUGUGUUAAUGGGGGCCAACAUUGCCAGUGAGGUGGCUGAGGAGAAGUUCUGUGAAACAACCAUUGGCUGCAAGGACAUGGCCCAUGGACAGCUUCUGAAAGAUCUGAUGCAGACACCCAAUUUCCGCAUCACAGUGGUGCAAGAGGUUGACACAGUAGAGAUCUGCGGGGCUUUGAAGAAUAUAGUGGCCAUAGGUGCUGGCUUCUGUGAUGGACUGGGUUUUGGCGACAACACCAAGGCAGCAGUGAUUCGAUUGGGGCUCAUGGAGAUGAUCGCCUUUGCCAAGAUCUUCUGCCGUGGUCCUGUGUCCUCUGCCACCUUCUUGGAGAGCUGUGGUGUUGCUGACCUCAUCACUACUUGCUAUGGAGGGCGGAACCGCAAGGUGGCGGAAGCCUUUGCUCGCACAGGAAAGCCGAUUGAGCAACUGGAGAAGGAGAUGCUGAAUGGGCAGAAGCUGCAGGGGCCCCAGACAGCCCGAGAACUUCAUAGCAUCAUCAAGCAGAAGGGCCUGUUGCAAAAGUUCCCUCUAUUCAUGGCUGUGUACAGGAUAUGCUAUGAGAAUCUGCCAGUGACUGAAUUCAUCCACUGCCUGCGCAAUCACCCAGAACAUAUGUGAAUGGGCCCAGAGUCCAGGCCAGGAAGAUUCUUUGCCCCAGUGGAGACAGGCAGAAGCUUGGGGUACCUGGCCAAAAAGAUCUGGGACUCCUCCUGGAGCAGCCUUUCUCAACUUUUCACCAAAGGACAGAAGGUUGUGAAGCCCAGCUACCUGCCUGGAAAUGCUGAACCACCGAGUGGCUUGCAGCUGCCUCCUGCCACAUCUUUCCAGAAAUAGAGCUGCCUUGUCCCUCUUCAGAUGUUGGGUUUUUAACUAGUCUUGUGAGAUGGAAAUGAUCAAGCCCAAGUGCUGCCUUAUUUGAGUAUUGGAGGGGGGGGUGUAGAAAGAGAGAGAGGCUAAGUAAGAGCUGCUUACUGCUGCCUCAAAGACCAGGAAUCGUGUCCAAAAGCCCAGCAUACUGAUAAAGUACAUCAGCCACAAGAGGAAUGAGGCAAGGGCUAAGCAGGAGGGGUCUGGGCUUUGAGGUUGACAAAGGCCCUGGGGACUCCUCUGCUCUGACCUCUGCCAGGCCCCACACAGCUUCAAUGGAUCUCAGUGUUUGUUAACAAAAUACAAAGAUCUCAAACAAC